AACCUCCAGGCUGGAUUACUGCAAUGCACCUUAUUUGGAGACUGGAGCGGCUGGGAAGCUGAGAGGACGCUGCAUAUCGAGCUCCCAGAUAAAACAGCUAAAACACUACAGGUACGAAAGGGAAGUUCCAGAGAUGACCACAUCUUCCGCUACAGUCCAGUACAUAUGCGUGCAGUGCUGGUAGCAGAGACCACUUGACAGCAAGAGGAGCGGAUUUGGGGGUUGGAGAUCGUUUCUUCUGGAAAGAGACCAGCGUGCACUUUUUGUACAGGUGUUGCAGUAUAAGGUCCAUUGCCUGAAUUCCUUCCCAUUUUCUUCUCCCCAGCUCAAAAGCACUCAUGGCCAGAGUUCCUGUGUGCCAAGAGGAGAUGAUGGACUUUUGCAGUAUGAAUGACAUGCGGUUUUACGAAAUGGACCAGCCUUGUCUGACCAAGAAUUCCUUCCCAGGACUGAACCAUCAUGCCGGUGAAGUGGGCAUUCAAGUGAAGAUCAGCAGCAACACUUCCGUCAAGGGCUUCCAGAAAGCGGUGGUUAUUGUGGUUGCAAUUGAGAAAAUGAAGAAGCACUCAAACGCCAGGGGGGUUUUCACGGAUGAUGAUCUGAUGGACAUCAUAAGCUCUGUCUUAGAACCAGUUGAUUUUGACACCUGUGAAUUCACAUACACAGCAGAUUCCAUCUACCAGUUAUCAAGGGCCAUCUCCUGUAACAUCCAAGAUAUUGACCACAAGUUCUUUGUCCUGAAUGAGCCUGCCCAGCUGGUGGCACUGCACCUACAAGGUCCCAACAUCAGCCAGGCAGUGAGACUAAAAAUGUACGUCUACCGGCCGAAAACUAAGGAAGGCAUUGGAAAAAUCCCCAUUGCACUGAAAAUCAAAGGGGAGGAGCUCUACCUGUCUUGUGUGCAGAAUGGAGGGCAGCCAGUCCUGCAGCUGGAGAAAGCCAACAUUCAAGAGAAGCUUGACAAAUCUGAGAAGGGCCGCUUCCUUUUCUACAGAGUUGACAUUGGAAACCACACCAGGUUUGAAUCGGCUGCCUUCCCUCACUGGUACAUCUGCACCUCCGCUCAGCCCAAUGAAGCAGUUGGCAUGACAGACCGGCUGGGAGAAGUCGCUAUUGUGGAUUAUGAUCUCAUGUAGACAGAAUCCUUAGGUGGACAGCGAGCAUGUUUCAGCUGUUAAUCUGCUCUCCUGUAUCUAAUGAUGGCAUAUGGUCUUGUCUAGCAAUGUCUCAGUAUCUCCAAGGCCCAUACUAUGUAAAGUCUUUCUCAGGAAGGAACUGAGCAUCUCCAGGAAAACAGGCGAAAGCACUUGAUGAUGAGAAAACUCUUUAUAAGACCUUUCUUCACUGCCCCUCAUGCAUCUCUUCUAUGUGACAGACAGACAGAUGCCUGGCAGACCAUGCUGAAUGAUUCUGCCUUGAUUGCAGAAAGUGGGGAGAAUGGAAUAUCAUGGGGGGGGUCUAACCAACUCAGAGUAAACCCACUAAAGGACCAAAGUUAGCCAUGUUAAUCUCACUAAGCUUACUCUGAGUAGCACUACCAUUGAAUGCAGUAUUUUACAUUGGAAUUACACUCAUUAGUGUAAAUGAGAAGUUAUAUUUAUUGAAAGUAUUUAUUAAUAAUGUAAUAAUUAUUUUUGCCUGAUGGUCUCGGUUCCAUUUUAAUAAAUGUUUCAGGCUUCAA